GUGUAAACAAUUUGCAAAAAAUACUGAAGAAAAUAACAAAAAGUAUGAAUAUUGUUUUUUGUGUCACGUAACUUCCUCAGUCCCGUAAAGCAAUAUAAUACACGGCCCACGGGGCGUCCUCUAGAACCAGGGUUCAGUUUUCAAGGUUUCAUCACGAAAAGGUUAUAAAAUGUUUAAGAAAACUUGUUGCUGUAUAUGCUUAUCUACAAAUAAAAGAACUGUUAACAUUUAUAGAAUGGAUCUGCUUUACUUUUAUGAGCAACUGGCAAAUUAUAAGGUUAGGGACAGCGAGUGCUGGAUGUGUUACAUCUGCCAGACGAGACUGCAGCAGUGUCACCGGCUGCAGCAGUUGGCCAUACAGACACGGGGCCUUGUUGAUGGUCUCUGCCGGAAUAAGACUGAUAUCGACAUUGGAGCAAUUGGAUCUUUGUUAGAACUAUCAAUCUAUAAGAAGAAAAAUAUUUCCACAACACAUCCUACCGCAGAUAAUAUAAAAGAGGAGCCGGACAUAAAGACUGAACAAUACGAUGAAGACGAAAUAAUUGAAGAACAAACUGUAGAAAAUACAAAUACGUAUGGAGAAGAUUAUGCACCCAUGUUAGAAUUUGAAGAUGAUGAUGUGUCAGAUAGUGAUGCUGUUUGCAAACAGGAAUCAUUGAGCGUUGACCGCAUUGAUGUUUGGCAAGGUUCAAGGCUUGAAUUGAAAUUAGUAAAGUUGAGUCAAAGUGUCAUUGACAAGUAUGUACGCCAAAGUCCCUCCACGCAGCACACAGCCACAGAAGAACAUAUUGGGGACAAGGGGAAGUGCGCUGGUGAACAGAGCGUAGAUAAUGACGACAAAAAGGCACAGUACAAGAGUCACAAGGAACAACUCAUCUGUGAUGUUUGCUUAAAAAUGUUUCCGACUAAAAGCAGGUUGCUAAGGCACAUCCGGACACAUACUGGUGAAAAAACGUAUAGCUGUAAUAUAUGUCAAAAGAUAUUCUUACGAAGAGCGUACUUAAAGGAACACUUAUUAAUUCAUACUGGUGAGAAACCAUAUAACUGUGACAUAUGUCAAAAGAAAUUCACUUUACGCUCUAACUUAGAAAGACAUUUAUUAAUUCAUACUGGUGAGAAACCAUUUAACUGCAAUAUUUGUCAAAAGAAAUUCUUAGGAAAAUCGGACUUAAAAAGACACUUGCUAAUUCAUACUGGUGAGAAACCAUAUAACUGUGACAUAUGUCAAAAGAAAUUCUUACAAACAUCGCACUUAAAAAUACACUUAUUAAUUCAUACUGGUGAGAAACCAUUUAACUGCAAUAUUUGUCAAAAGAAAUUCUUAGGAAAAUCGGACUUAAAAAGACACUUGCUAAUUCAUACUGGUGAGAAACCAUAUAACUGUGACAUAUGUCAAAAGAAAUUCUUACAAACAUCGCACUUAAAAAUACACUUAUUAAUUCAUACUGGUGAGAAACCAUUUAACUGCAAUAUUUGUCAAAAGAAAUUCUUAGGAAAAUCGGACUUAAAAAGACACUUGCUUAUUCAUACUGGUGAGAAACCAUAUAACUGUGACAUAUGUCAAAAGAAAUUCACUUUACGCUCUAACUUAGAAAGACAUUUAUUAAUUCAUACUGGUGAGAAACCAUAUAACUGUGACAUAUGUCAAAAGAAAUUUAGAAGAAAAAGUGACUUACAAAGACAUUUAUUAAUUCAUGCUGGUGAGAAACCAUAUAACUGUGACAUAUGUCAAAAGAAAUUCUUAGGAAAAUCGGACUUAAAAAGACACUUGCUAAUUCAUACAGGUGAGAAACCAUAUAACUGUGACAUAUGUCAAAAGAAAUUCUUACUAAGAUCGCACUUAAAAAGACACUUAUUAAUUCAUACUGGUGAGAGACCACAUAACUGCAAUAUAUAAUUAUUAAUUAUGUCAAAAUAAGUUCACAGCAUGCAGAUACAUAAAAAGACAUUCAGUUAUUCAUACUGGCGAGAAGUCAUAAUAAAUAGGGAAUUUUCUUUCUUUUAAUUUUUAGAAUCUGUAUUACAGUGUAAAUAUUUUAAUAGAAAUGUAAAACUACCUGUUUUACAUUCCUGGCACAUAAUCAAUGAUGUUUUAUUAAAGAUGGCGUAUGCUCAUACAAAGCGGUCCUCAG